UUGAUUGAGGAUUUGCAAGUGGAUCUGUUUACUAUUUAACUAUUUUCUAUAAAUUGUGCAUUAUGUUCUUAUCAGGAUUUUAUAAGGUGGAUAUAUACAAAACCAAGGUAUGAGGAACAUCCUAAUUUUCAUGACAGUAAUUCUUGCAAGUUGCUACCAAGCCAGAGCAGUGUCCUAUGUCGAAGGGCAAGAAGCCGAGUUGAUUUUUCCAUAUCCAUGUGAAAGUACGGAAAUCACAUUACAGCAAUCAAACAGGCUCCCAUUUUAUAAUUCUGCAGAUGGCUCAACACUGUCUUUGCAUGAAGAUCAGCAUCAUAGAUUCAGCAUACAUUAUGAAUAUGACAUUAAUGAUUGCUAUCUGAAACUUACAAUAAUCAAUGUGAAGAGGGUUGAUCAAGGGACAUACAUUUUAUUUGUCUAUGGGAAUCAAAGGCAAAUAAUUGGUGAUCCAUACAGGAUUUGGCUCAACAUAGAUUACCCUCCUGGUAAAGCAUCAUGUGUUGUGGGUGAAUACAAGGGUGGUAAGUGGGUUUCUAUAGACUGUACAGCCAAGACUGGAAGCCUACCAGGAAAGAUUGAAUGCUAUCAAGAUGGAGAGUGGAUGCCGCCCCUGACGGGCCCAAUUGAAACUCACAUCACCCUAAAACAGACCAUUCUCAUCAGAAAAUCACAGCCAGCAUUUUGCUGUUCUUCCUUCUUGAAUGGAAAUAAAUCAAGAGAUGAGUGUGAUGAUACUGGCCUAUUCCUAGAGGGUACCAGAAGCAAUGAUUUAUCUGCUACCAUCUCCAUGCAAACAACUACUGGAAGUCAAAACACUGAAGAGAUUAUAAAGAUUUGUGAUUGCAGACAAUAUCAUUUCUCAACAAACACUUUCUCCACCGAUGGAUUGAAAGAGAGCAAAGAUGACCUGAAAACUAUACUCAUAUAUUGUAGUUUCGCAGCUGCUGUGGUCCUCAUUUUUAUAAUGAAAGUAUGUUCCAGUGCAAAAUGAAAUUGAAGUACAGGAAC